AUUGCCUGAUGCCCCCACAUCAUUCAAAACAGGCAGUCUUUCUUAUCUGUCCUGUUGUAGCCAUUGCACGUAGAUUCUACCUAGGACACCAUAUGAUGAAAAGAAAGCAAGAACUUUCUUUUCCGUUUUUUACUACUUCCUUUCUCUUCAAUUCCAAGCUUCUAUCUUCUUUAAACUUGCCCAUACAGUACAAACUUUCCUCUUUGCCACUUCAAACCUGUCACAUCUACAAGAGAAACAAGAGUCUGAUCUAGAAUAUAGCUUUCAAACAAAUCAAGUUCCUUCCAUACACCAGCCAAGAAAAUUAGAAAAAGACCAAACAAACAGUUCCAGCCAACUUCUUUUAGCCAACCUAAGCGCCUCUCAUGGGCUCUCUCUUCUCUCUCACAUUGAUAAUUCUUUCAUGGGCAUCAUUACUAUUGAUGAAAGCUGAUGCUGAAGGGAUCAGAUCAGCUCGCCUUCUUGAUCUUCUCAUUAGGGACUACACAGUAAAGUCCUUUGACAGGCACUUGAGAACAGGCAUUGUACACACUGUACAUUUACCUGCAAACUUCUCUGGCAUCAAAGUCGAUAUAGCAAGGUUUAGAUGUGGAAGUCUCCACAGAUAUGGCGCACAAGUUAAGGAAUUUCAUCUGGGAAGUGGGACGACUGUACAGCCUUGUGCAGAGAGAGUCAUGGUAGUUAGACAAAACUUGGGUUAUAAUUGGUCAUCGAUAUAUUAUGCUAACUAUGAUCUAUCAGGUUACCAGCUUGUGUCACCUGUAUUAGGCCUUCUGGCUUAUAAUGCUGGCAGCGAUGUGAGUUUUGGUAGCCCUUUUCAGCUUGGGAUUCUUGCCAGAGAAAAACCAAUUAAAAUAGAUUUCAGCAACAUCACAAAGGCAUCCAACAUGACAGGAAUCAGGCCGUUGUGCGCUAGUUUUGAAGGAGAUGGCAAAGUAACAAUGAAAAACCAAAUAUCACCCAAUGUUUGUUUUGCAACCAGGCAUGGCCAUUUUGGUUUGGUCAUUGAGUCACCGCCAUCACUGCCUGUGAGGAAGAAGAUUAGAAGAUGGAAAGUGGUGGUUGGCAGCUCUAUUGGAGCUGCAUUGGGUGCUUUCCUCUUGGGGUUGCUUUUUGUGGCAAUGUUCGUUAAGGUGAAGAAGAAAGCAAGAAUGGAGGAGUUGGAGAGGAGAGCAUAUGAAGAGGAAGCUCUUCAAGUUUCCAUGGUUGGACAUAUCAGGGCUCCGACAGCAUCUAUUACUCGAACGACGCCUACAAUCGAACAUGAGUACAUACCUUAUCCUUCAUGAACUGUAAGUUAUGUAUUUUUCUUUUUCCCGAUCAUUCUUUUUGUAAGAUUAGCUUUAUUUGUUUUUGAGGUAGACAACAAAUCCAACCAAAUAUUCUUGGGUUCAAUAUCUUGGAACAGGACAAGUCUGUUUUUCAAGGAUAUGUUGCAUCCUUAUUCUCUUUUCCCAUAACUUUCAGGAAAAGGACGAGACUCUUUUAUGUUUUUUCACUUUCUAUUAUGGUUUUGAUGUUAAUAUUUUAUUUCUAGCCGGAUCUUCCUAGAUAAAGAGGCAAGUUCACAGGUUCCAUGUCUGGGAACGUGGCAACUCUGUUUCCCGGAUCUCUUGCCUUACUGUUCUCGUUUCUUACCACUCUUACGAAAACGAUGCAACUUAUUUACUUCUUCUACCGAGCUUUCAAUGAUUUGUUACUUCAUUCUUUUGUUACCAACCUGAUUUGUCAAAAUAGAUGGGCAAACUGAAUCGUGAAUACUUUGUUCUCUACGUUUCAGAAUUUCAUAAUCCCUGAGCACAUAUUGGAACAAACCUCACAGAAUCUCAGAUUUGUGCUUGUUUAUCUCAAAUCUCGGAUCCCAAAUAGCAUUAAUUGAAAGGGCUUGUCGGUUCUUUCUUUCUGGCCUACAUCAGUCAAAAGGCCAUGUGCGUGAGCUUUAAAUAUUUUCUAAAAAUGAUUGCUAGUUUUCUCUGACAGUUAAGGUCAGAAGAAACAGCACAGAAUGGUUAAGAGAAAAACCAAAGUGCUUCAUUUACCCCUCAUCCCAACCAAGGUGAGCUUAGGCAUCUCAAAUCAGAUCAACAAAGUGAGAAGAAAUCUUGGGUACUGCUUUUGUUCACCAUCAUGACAAAACCAAAUGUACAUGAGAACAAUCUCAUUUUUUUGUACUAGUAGAGAAGUUGUUGGCUGAAAUCAUGGGAGUGCAUGCCCUUGGUAAUUUUUGCAAAGAACAUGAUGGAAAGAAAGACUUCGAUCAACACUUUAUACUUCAGAGAAAGAACCCGUCGCACGCUUGAACGCAAAGACUCCGCGCUUUACAAUUCCUUUUCUUCUUUUGUGGGUCAAACGCUAUUAUCAGCUGUAGACACUUGGAAUUUAAGUUUGUUUUAGGGUGAGCAGAGUUGGUGGCCACCUCUUCUUAGGUGUGUGGGCCAAGAUGCGGCUGGUUUUUCCAUAUUAUAAUAAUAACAAGAGUUUUCAACCUGUAAUGCUCUUUUAAUAGCUUCAAAUGGUAGUAGAUACUGCAGACUGAAUU